GCAAAGUUGAGAAACUGACAGGAUGAUCUGCGAACCUCUUUUGUUCUACACCUGCCGCUUGGCAACCACCUCUUUUGUUUUGGAGAAAUUUGAGCUGAGGUUACCUUGGCUUUAUGGGUCCCAGAGAUGGUAGCCAAGGAGCAGCUAAUUCAGUUUCAAUCCCAUCCUUCUCCCCACCCUCCUACUGCCUCCUUUCCUGGCUCUUUUCAGGGAACCUUCCCAUGAAAGACCAUCAGUUUGAGAAGUACACUCCCUUUUACAGCUGGGAGCAAUACAGGAGGUGGCUUUUUACUCCCAUUACUUUUUGAUCCCAAAGAAAAAAGGAGGUUGAUGGCCUACCUUGGAUCUUCACUGAGAGCUGCGGGUGGCCGUGCCUGUGGACAGUCAUUGUAAACACUGUCUUGCGGCCCGCCGGCAGAUUACGCUUACGGGCCGCAGGUUGCCCAACACUGAUCCAGAUUAUGAUCUUGAAAUUCAGGAUUUGUGGUUCCCUCAGGAAGCUUGCUCCCAUGUAUAUGUUUUAGAGCUCAAAGUCAGCUUGGUGUGCAAAGCAUUCCUGCCUCUUCUUUGGGAAUCCUUAAUACAAGUGUUGACAGACAACACCACAGCUGUGGAUUAUGUCAACAGGCAAUGGGGAACAAGAUCAUUCUCACUCUGUCAGGAAACCAUAGGACUAUGGAACAGAUUCCAGUUUACGAAGGUGCUUCUGCUCCCUUACUUGGUGGUCCUGUGAAAGGGGCUAUGUAUCAUGGAAGAGAUGGUUUGGGUGAUGUUCCUGUUCCGAAUGCUCCAAGAUUAGACUAUCUACAGAAAGAACAUGCUGUGAUUGCAAUGUUAAGAAUUGUUAAUGAGAAGCCUGGUCAGAUUUCUCUAGUUGCCACUGGUCCUUUGACUAAUCUAGCUUUGGCAGUGAAAUUGGAUCCAGCAUUUCCUCAGAAGCUUAAAAAUAUGUUCAUCAUGGGAGGAAAUGUAGAAUCCAGAGGAAAUGUUACAGUCUGUGGAGAAUUCAAUUUUGCAACUGAUCCAGAAGCUGCGUAUGUUGUCUUAAAUGAGUUCACUUGCCCUACUUAUAUUGCAACAUGGGAAUUUACGUGUCGCAAUUCAUUGUCUUGGGAAUUCUAUCAUGAGUGGGUUAAUCAGGACACCAAAAAAGCCAAUUUCAUGGAGAAAAUAUCUGAGCACAGUAUAAAAUUCACAGAUCCAAAACACGAAAAUACAAGCAACAGCUUCUGGACUUCAGGAUUUGUGUCUUGUGAUUCCUAUGCUAUGGCUGCUGCAAUUGACGAGAGCUUUGUCACAGAAGCCAUAGAAACUGCUGUAAGCGUGGAGCUGAAUGGCUCACUAACUAGAGGAAUGAUGGUAAUGGAUAUGGCUGGUCUUCUUAAGAAGAAAAAUAAAGCUUUUGUCAUUAAUAAGUGUGAUUUAGAGAAGUUCAAGGGACUUCUCAUUGCUGCUUUAAAAUAACAUUUGGCUGUCUGAUAAAUUUCCCGAUCUUGUUAAUUUUGAACUGUAACUGUAGGUCCAGUUACAGUGGUACAGAUAACUUUAGAUUCAUAGCUACUAUCAGACAACAUACAAUUAUUUUUAGUUAAUAACUUUCUCGUAUGUCAGAUUUCCAACAAAGUGCAUUCAAGUGAAUAUGAAAAGGACCCAUUUAAAUCUACAGUAGUGAGAGAAUUCAAAGUGCAAGUUAAAAUGGCAGCCUAAUUGUUAGAUAACUCUGAGUGCACUUAUUACCUGGUAGGCCAGUACUCUACUUUACCAUGCAUUUACUCAGUAGACAGAAACAGCAUUGAAAUCUAGAAUAUAUACAUAUAAAUAUGAUCUGUCAUCAGUUUGUAAGAUGGAGAAGAUAGACUGUUCUAAUUCUCACUGCUUUAUUAUUAUGGGAAAACAAACCAAUUUUUACUUAGAGAAUCUAGAUUAAGGAUUUGCAAAGUAUUAUUUAACAACCACUUUAAGAUCCAGGAGCUCAACAUGUAAUGAUAACAUUUAAAACAUAUUUUUGAAAAUUUUGAAAAAGGGAAGAUGUAGAAGAAUUUGAAGGACCAUGGUCAUGAGAAACAAAACUGUUUAACUUCAGUUUACUAAUUUGAAUAUGGCCCAGAAAUGUAGUGAAUGAGUUUAUCAUCUUACUUCUGUUAUGUAACUUAUUUAAAGUGGGUUUGUAACCUGAGUCCAGUUUACACAACAAGAAAGCAUGCUUGUUUGUAGAUUCUGCAGAAUGAACAGCCCUGAAGACACAAGUAAAUGAGCAAUUACUUCAGAAGCUUCAGAGCCAUGUGUUAAAUUAAUUUGUCAUGAGUCGUUGAUUGCUUUGCCUGUUCUGGGCCAUUAAUCCAUCUCCUUGGAACUUAUCCUAAUAUUUCAAACCUCUGAGCAGCUUCAAACACUUACCAUUUAAGAACAAAACAUAAUUACACCUUCCCAAAUCGCUUUUUACAGUUGAGGAUCUGGCCCUUUGUAGUGAAAACUUUAUAGGGUUAGGAAUACAAUGAAUGUUUACACUAACAAGAAAACUCUGUGUAAGAUACCAUAUCCUGUAAAAUGGAUUUUCUUUGUCCAUACAGAAUGAUGUGGUAGAAAGGUUUUAUCAGCACUUGCUUGGGAUUGCCUACAUAAUUUUACCACUGUGAAAAAUAUGUGAUCAUCCGAAAUGGUCAUCCCAAACUCUCACCCAAAGAACCUUCAUACCACUCCAUCUUGUAUUAUAUAAAAAAUAUUUAGAAGAUGAUAAAAGAACGAAUAGUACUUGUAGCACCUUAGAGAUUAACAAAUUUA